CUCUCCUCUGGAGCUGCAGAGCCAGGAAGGUUUCUGGUUCCUCUCCUGGAUCCAUGUCUGGCUCCAGUCACGGGUUCUUCUCUCUUCAGGCGUCAUUUCCUCUCCAGGUCUCUGAGCUGCAGGAACCAAAGCGCUCCUAAACAUGCCUUCUCUGCAGCAGAUCAGAGCCGCUCUGGACGGGUCGGGCCAGGCCCAUGUUCUGCGGUUCUGGUCGGAGCUCAGUGAGGAGGAGAAGGAGGCUUUCCUGCAGGAGCUGGGUCAGCUGGACCUGCAGCGGCUGGAGGAGCACUGCCAGGCGGCUGCAGAGGCUGCGGGAGCCGCGCCCGCCUCCUGCAGCCAGAACCUGGACCCGAACCUCGAGCCGGUUCCCCCGGAGAGCAUGGGCAGCGUGAGGAGGAGCGACCCGGAGAGCCUGGCGGGAUGGGAACACGAAGGAUUCCUGCAGAUUUCCAGGAAUCGUGUUGCGGUUCUGCUCCUGGCUGGAGGUCAGGGGACGCGACUUGGAGUUCAGUAUCCCAAAGGGAUGUAUGACGUCGGGCUGCCGAGCGGGAAAACUUUGUACCAGAUCCAAGCGGAGCGAAUUCUCAAAAUCCAGAAGCUUGCAGAGAGCCGACACGGCUCUAAAUGCACCGUUCCCUGGUACAUCAUGACCAGUGAAUUCACUCUGAAGCCCACCCAGACCUUUUUUCAGGAGAACUCUCACUUCGGCCUGGAGCCCUCAAACGUCAUCAUGUUUGAGCAGAGGAUGAUCCCCGCCGUCUCCUUCGAUGGGAAGGUCAUCCUGGAGAGGAAAGGGAAGAUCGCCAUGGCUCCAGACGGUAAUGGAGGUCUGUACCAGGCGCUGGUGGACAACGACCUGCUGGAGGACAUGAAACGGAGAGGGGUGGAGUACGUCCACGUUUACUGUGUGGACAACAUCCUGGUGAAGAUGGCCGACCCAGUUUUUGUUGGAUUCUGUGUGAAGAAAGGAGCCGACUGUGGAGCCAAGGUGGUGGAGAAGGCCCAUCCAGCUGAGCCGGUGGGCGUGGUUUGCAGGGUGGGAGGAGUCCCGCAGGUGGUGGAGUACAGUGAGAUCCGACCCGAAACGGCCCACCUGAGAGGAGCUGCAGGGGAGCUGGUCUACAGCGCCGGAAACAUCUGCAACCACUUCUUCUCCAGGAGCUUCCUGCAGGAGGUGGCCAAGAAGUUUAAGGAUCAGCUGAAGCCACAUGUUGCUCUGAAGAAGGUCCCAUUCGUCGACUCUUGCGGGAACCAGGUUAAACCAACCAAACCCAACGGGAUAAAGAUGGAGAAGUUCGUUUUCGACGUGUUCCCUUUCUCCAGGAGCUUUGUUGUGUUUGAGGUCCUGCGGGAGGAAGAGUUUUCUCCCUUGAAGAACGCUGAUGGAGCGCCUGCAGACACUCCAACCACAGCCAGGAACUCCCUGUUGGCUCAGCACUGUCGCUGGGCGACGGCCGCUGGAGCCGCCCUGCUGGACGAACACGGAAACAUCAUCCAGAUUCCACUCAGCUCUUCUGCUGAGAACCAUCCUCCUGUAAAAUGUGAGAUUUCCCCUCUGGUGUCGUACUUCGGAGAGGGUCUGGAGCUGAUUCUGAAAGGGAAAACAAUAAAAACUCCCUUCAUCCUGGACGAGGAAGCGGCUAAAGAGCUUCAGGCCCGGUAGAGCUCAUCAUCAGCCACAUGGAGAAACCAAGCCUCAUAGAUGAGGAAUCAGAGCAACUUCAUGGUGAUGAGCGAGUUAACCAAUCAGGGAUCAAACAUGAGACUUUAUAUAAACUUUUUUUUUUUUACACCAGCAAAUAAAAAAAUUCAGAGAAAUUUUGUUGACAUUUAUAUAAGAAUUUACAAAUAAAGGGUUAUUCCUCAUA